AUGCCGGCAGUCGGGCUGCAAGAGAAGUCGUUUCUUCAUGCUUCUUCGGUUGCGUCUGAAGGGGGUAAGAAUUUUUUUAAGACGUUGGACGCAAGGAUCGAAGCAGUAGACUCCUUGCUCACUGUCGGCCUCGAUCCACACAUCGCGGAUCUCCCGUCUCCUGCCUCAGCUGAGAGCGCCUUCGCAUUUUGUGAACGCAUCAUCAAGGAAACCCUUCCCUUCACCUGUUGCUACAAGCCAAACAGUGCCUUCUUUGAGGCAUUUGGGUCCAAGGGGUUGCAGGCACUGGAGAGAGUCUGCGCACUGAUUCCCCGGGAUGUUCCCAUUCUGCUAGAUGCCAAGCGAGGGGACAUAGGCUCGACGGCGCAAGCGUACGCGUCUGCGGCGUUUGAUGCUUUCAAGGCGGACGCUGUCACCGUCAACGCCUACAUGGGCAGAGAUGCAGUUCGGCCGUUUCUGUCAUUCCGGAACAAAGGCGUGUUUGUACUGGUGAAAACAUCGAACCAAUCGUCCAAUGAGUUUCAGACGCUUCCCGUCGGGGUGGAACCAAGCUCCGGUGCUCAGGUCCCUCUGUAUGUGCAGAUGGCCAGACUGUGCAACGACCUCGCCCAAGAGUGCGUCUCCGACGAAGGCUCGCCACCGCUUGCCGGGAAGAGCCCUCGCCAGAAUGCGUCGGGCGGCGGUGUUGGUCUCGUAGUUGGGGCAACAGAUGUUGAAGCUCUCCGCGAGGUGCGGAAGGCAUGCCCUCAUCUUUACAUUCUCGCUCCAGGAGUCGGGGCCCAGGGAGCGGACCUUGAGGAGGCCUUGAGUGCGGGCCUCUGCAAAGAUGGCAAAGGGAUGCUCAUUCCUGUCUCUCGCGGCAUUUCACGAGCGGAGAAUUUAUCUGCCCAAGCAAAUGCGUACAGAGAGCAGAUCAAUGAAGUCAGAAGACGCAUUGUUCAGCAAUACCAAGAGAGCUGA